AUGGGCCCUACGUCAAGAAGGUGCCUCGGCUGCCUUGCCGCCAAAUUUAGGCGGUCGGUUCCGCGUCCACGGUCAGAGGCGCGAGCGUUUCCCGUGAGCGGAUUCGAUGCCAUCAGUCAAGAUCAGGCCAUCGAAGAAGAAACGAUACCGGAGUACAAGGCGGAAUACUUUUAUCCCGUUCGUCUCGGCGAAGUCUUCCACAACCGGUUUCAAACCGUAGCCAAACUUGGCUAUGGCUCCUCGUCCACGAUAUGGCUCGCGCGCGACCUCUGCGAGCAUCAGUACGUGGCGCUCAAGGUGUACAUUCACAACUCGGCUCGGCACCGCGAGCUGCCCUUUUACGACCACCUCGACAAGUUCCUCCCCAGCAAGCACCGUGGGGCCCGAAAGGUCAGAAAGCUGCUCGCCUCUUUCGAAGUCGACGGCCCCCGUGGCAAGCAUGUCGCUCUUGCCCUUCAGGUGUCUCAGAUGAGCAUCCGCGACAUGGACACGGUGUUCAUGGACGGAAACGGAUUCAACGAGGGGUUCGUCCAAGGCGCCGUCAUAGAGCUUCUCGAAGCCCUCGACUUCCUGCACACCGAGGUGCAGUGCGUACACACCGACGUACAUCCCGGCAAUCUCCUGCUCGGGCUCGACGAUGAUUCGCUCUUCCAAGCGCUGGAGGAGAACGAAUUUUCUAGCCCCGUCCCUCGGAAGCAGCUCGAGGACCGGGUCAUCUACCUCUCCCGUCUGAUGAAGCCCAAGGCCGGGCCGCUGCUGCUCUCCGACUUUGGAGAAGCCAGGCUCGGCCCUGGCCCCCAUGCUGGGGACAUCAUGCCGAUCAUGUAUCGGGCCCCAGAGACGCUCCUGCGCAUCCAAUGGGGUUGUCCGGUCGACAUCUGGAGCGUCGGCCUCACCGCAUGGCAGCUCCUCGAAGGCAAGACGCUCUUCACCGCCCGCAAAGAAGAUGGCAGCUUCUCGGACGGAGUUCACUUGGCCGAACUUAUCGCCGCGCUAGGACCACCGCCCCCCGGACUCCUUCGUCGGAAUCACAAGAGAGCGCUCGAGUACUGGGAUGAGCAUGGAAACUGGGGCGAGUUUGUACCGAUACCGAAGGAGAGGACCCUCGAGGCAGCCGAGACCAAGCUCAAGGAUAGCGCCAAGUUCCUCCGAUUCAUCCGCAGAGCCCUUACAUGGGAUCCGGACACUCGCCCCACGGCCAAGCAACUUUUGCAAGACCCGUGGUUGACAGAGUAG